CAGGGGAUAAUAGUGACAAAGUUUGUUACAGAAAAUACCGUAACACGUACUUACACGAUAUUAGUACUUAUAUAACUUAUAAGAAACUGCCUUAAAGUCAUAAAAAAGCCGGUUUGAUGCGAAAUAAUUCCAUAUAAUGGCUAUUUGACUAUUCCGCCUUCAGUAUUUCCCGUCUUCAAGAUAUAUUAUUAUUAUAAACUUCACCUCAAAAUCUUUCCUUUUAAUAAAUUUCUUCAGUGUUCACACAUCAACCGCAAAAAUCAACUCACUUACAUUUCUUCUGUUUAUUUUAUUUCUAAUUUCAAACUCUUUCAAAUUUCUAAAGCCCAUGCCCCAAACUUUCCCCAAACGAGAUAUAUAUAUGAUAAAAAUGGUGUGAAUGAAAAAGAUGACAAAUGUGUCAAACGAAACAAUUUUGAGGAUGCGUUCCGAAGUAUAGUAUUAAAAACGAAACAAUCACAUAUAUUACAAAUUAGUGUCCGAAUAUUCAAAUCGGAAAUUCUCCAUUUCAGUCGCCUAUUCACAUUUAAUUAAUAGGUAAUAAAUCUCGUACUAUAAUUAACUCUCUGCUAAAAAAAACUAACCAAAAUAUCCUUGGUAUCCUAAAUUCAGCCUUCACACGAGAGUGAUUCAUAUCUGCGCCAAAUCAAUUGGUACGUAUGAUUCAUUCUCGCCCUUAUCUCUGAUGUAGACGAAUCGAUCCCAGGUGAUUAGAUUAUUUCAUAUUGAAAUAGACGUGCGUUACUAUCGGUUAAACAGUUGACAAAGUGACGUGAACAGAAAUUAAUGUUCUGUUUUUAAAAUAAUCAAACACCAAAAUGGCGCCGUGGUUGGAGUUACCGUUUGAAAUAAAAGAUGUUUCGCCGGAAGAAAAUAAACUUAUAACGAAGUGUCUUUUAGGUUACACAAAACCUUUCGUGAAAUGCGGAAAGAACGGCUACGUAAUGCCAGGAGCCUUCAAAAAGCAUGCCGAGGAAAUAUACAACAUGGAAGUGAGACCGGACGACGUGUGGGUGGUCACGUUCCCUAGAUCAGGGACAACAUGGACUCAAGAGAUGGUCUGGCUUCUUAAAAACGACCUAGACUACAAUCGGUCCAAAGAAAUUUCUCUGCAUGAGAGAUUCCCUAUGUUAGAAUUGACUUCAAAGAUACCUGAAUUGGCUUAUAACUUCAUCAAAGUAAACUUCAUGAACAUGGGAAAUUUUCAAGGAUUGGACAAAGCCGCUAAAACGCCCAGCUGGGAGCUUCUAAGAGAUGCUCCAUCCCCUCGUUUUAUCAAAACACAUUUACCACUGUCUCUUCUACCUCCCAAGCUUCUAAAGACGGCCAAGGUUAUCUACGUGGCGAGAGACCCUCGGGAUGUUGCUGUGUCAUAUUAUUACUUACAUAAAUUAACGAUGAAGGGUAUGAUAAGGACAUCGUUCCGGACAUUUUGGGACACGUAUAAAAGGGAUUUAUUGCCAUGGACACCAAUUAUAGCGCACACAAAUGAAGCCUGGAUGAAAAGACAUGAACCGAAUCUCCAUUUUGUAUUUUAUGAAGAUAUGAUUAAGGAUCUAAAAAAAGAAGUCCGUAGUGUAAGCAAGUUCCUGGGAACAACACAAUACUCGGACAAGGAGCUCGACCACCUCACCAGCUACCUCAGCUUCGACAGCCUUAAGAAAAACAAGGCAGUCAACAACACAGUCAAUGGAAAUGGCAUACAAUUUAUACGAAAAGGAGAAGCGGGUGGCUGGACAUCGCACUUUGACGCCAAGAUGGAAGUAGAAGCAGAAGAAUUCAUGGCAUCCAGGCUGCAGGGUCUAGAUCUUAAAUACCCCUCUUUUAGCCCAAACAAGGAGUGUUCUUACUUAUGAACAUUCGUGUGAAUUUCUAUCAGGACUGUGUCUCUCUGCUACCGGUUGGUUGGUUGGAUGCACUCGAAGGUCAUGCCUCAUCGAGGUGUCCAUAGAAAUCAAUUUCCAGUGCUUUCCAAUGCUAUUUACUUAAGAUAAUUAAACACCUGAUGUGAUAUUCGACUUAAAUAAAAAUGUAAAGGAGUACAACUCAUAUUCAUGGGGAUGUAUUUGAUAACUUGGCAGGCAUUUUGUGGUAAAAGUUGGUAGUGGAACUCCGAAUGAACUAGAAAUAUACUUGCACCGAAAGGUGGUAUUUUCUGAUGAAAAAAGGCUAACCCAAAAUAGGACUGAGGACAAUUUUAUAGAUAAAAGUGCAAGGAAUGGUGAUUUGACGUUUAAAGUUAGUUUAUAAUGUUCUAGGACUACUUAGCUAGACUUAAUGAUGAGUUGAUGACAUUUAAUAGUGUGCCAAAUAAUAUUUUUGCGUUAGACGCAAUCAGGGUAAAAAAAUACCUACGUAGUACUUUUUUUAAAAUGGCUAUUUAAAAUAGUGAUGGUUUCAAACUUAGUGAUUCAGUAAAUUAUUUUGUGGUGAUCGCAAAUCCCGUGUUCAAUCUAGUAGGUUCCUACGUAAAUAUUAAGGUAAAUUAUAUACGUACUUAUUUAUUGUUCUCGUCAGUCACUGUCUCUCUAUCUCUAAGUAUGUCAGCUAAUGCUAAUGUGUAAGUAUGAUAAGAUAUCACGUUGUGCUCAAUGGAUUUCAGUCCAAAUAAUAAGUAUGUGUAUUUGUUAAAUAAAUACAUUGUUAUUAACUUU